AUGGUAGCCCGUCUAGUAGUCCUUUGCGAGUAUGCCAUUGUAAAUCAGUUCAAUACAGUUUUUGCUAAUGAUUCCUCAACAAUCAUAUCAUUGCCUGUCAAUCUCAAGGCACGUUUAUUUACUUUACUUUCACAUCGUGGUUUGCUAACUGACGAUAAUCUCUCGUUUUUACUCAAUUGCCGAACACGCACAUUCGACUUUCGUGAGUGUGCGGAUAUAACCGAUCGAUCACUGCUGAUAAUGGCACGUUAUUCAUUAAACUCAUCGACUGAACGAGAUGAUUCAACAAAGUCGGCAUUAAAUCCAACUAUACUCCAUUUUCGUUGUGCAAAUGUGACCGAUUAUGGUGUAGUACAAUUUGUUCAACGAUAUCCAUCGCUGAGAAAAAUUCGUUUACAAAACUGUUCGCAAAUCACCGAUGAAAGCGUUAUUACUAUCGGUACGCGUUGUUCACAUUUAUUAGAACUUGAUUUAACAGGUUGUUUACAAAUAACCGAUCGAGGUGUGGAUGCUCUCCGACAAAUAACUCAUCUUCGAUCGCUAGCCUUGUCACAGACGCACAUUACAGAUGAAGCAUUGAUAUCGAUCGGCCAAUCAGCGUACAAUCAAACAUUGAAUGAAAUCAAUUUAAAGAAAUGUGCUGAGAUUACUGAUGAUGGUUUUCUUUUUCUACUACAACAUUGUCCGAAUUUGAGCACAAUUGGAUUUACUCAAUGUCCGAAAUUAACCGAACGCUCCCGACAAAAUAUUAACCCACAGACACACCAAUUCUCCUAUCUGGUUUGGUCCAUUCCGGUUUGA